AUUGGACAAAUAAAGGUACGUUUGUCCGCGUAGAUACGUUGUUGACGUAUCAAGUUGUUUAGUAAGAACAAAAAGAUGUAUAUUACCAUUUUUGGUCCUCUGUUAUUCAUACCUACCUGCGCAUGAGAGGCACGCCCCUAUACACUCGCGCGGUUUAGUGAGCAAACGAAGUUCGCUUUUGCUAUGGCUCUUUUCAAACUGGUAAUCGCGCUGCUGGCUGGAACUGCUUCUGGUCACGUAUUCUUAUUUCCUUUGAGCUCUGAAACCGUGAGCUGUGGCGAGGUGAUAACGAUUUUUUGUUACGCCGACAGGACCCCCGAAGUAACCGUUGCCGCUCGACGGCAUCCCGCGGUCUCAUUCGGAAGUCAUACCUAUGAGAGAAACAGUCCCCGCUUGGCGAGAGUAGGGCCAGUAGAGCUGAAUCUGACCGACGUUGUUGUUAGCCCAGUGAAGCCGGAUUCCCUCAGCAACUUCAACGUCACAGCCUCUGAGAGGCACAAUGGAACCAUUAUAAUAACUUGCGCAGACGUGUAUAACUCGUCUGAAGUCCUGAUUAUAACCUUUAGUAAAGGAUGUCUUCAAGUUUGAGGGUCAGAUUCGAUUUGACGAAACUAGAAGGCGACUAGAGUGGGACGAGCCAACCUGCGAAGGAUGGCGACAAGAUGUUCUGUCGCAUUACACUGCUACCAUUCAAUAUACCGCAGGGAUAACGAAAAUGUACACGGACAUAAAGGAAACAUUUAUAGUCAUUGCAGAGCCUUUUGUACAAGUAUCUGUAGACAUGACAAACACCUGCGGGGAAAGAACUACAUUGGCUACACUAAACUAUGAGUCCAUAAAUGGCAAUACAGCUAAGGACAAUACAACGAAUGUCGUUGGCAAUGGUGGAGGUUCGGUAGCUGCAACUCGUGGUGUCUACUGGGGCUGCCUUUUCUUUGCAGUUAUUAAAAGUUUUAUGACUAGCUAACUAGCAUCACUGAACGAAAAGCUAAAUUUCCUGUACAGUUCAGUUUACACCUUUCUUGCACAAACAUCAUGUUAUUUUACUGUACACUUCCCCCAUUUUUCCCGUGCAUUUCCAGGACAGGUGCAGUAAAGUGUACAGGAAAUUGCGCCCUGUACUGUUUUGCAGGAAAUUUUAAUUUCCUUCCAGUGCAUAGCACAUAUAUUUGAUGUGUCAUUAUGUACAAGUAAAUUAUAAUCCUGCGAAUUUAAAAAAGAAGCAUAUAGGGAUUGUAUAAAAAGAAAGGG